AUCAUCACACAUUACAAUUCUUCAAAGAGUGUAUCUAUCUCUAAACACUAAAGGCUAAUAAUUGAAUAAGCAACUGAAUAUAAAAAGAUGAAGAAACAGCAGGUAACAGGAUUGUACCUUGUCUUGCUAGUGUUGUGCUGCACCAUCAUUCAGGCAUUUUCACAAACACCUGCAGCGUCCCCAAAACCAGCACCAAAAGUAGUAGCAUCACCACCAAAGGCAACAACAAAAAAAGCACCGUCACCAAAGCCAUUGGUGCCAACACUGCCGCAGUCACCAGACUCAUCAGAUGCAGCACCAGACGACAUCACAAAGAUUCUGAAGAAGGCGAAGAUCUUCAACGUCCUAAUCCGUCUGAUGAAAACAACAGAGAUAAUGAACAACAUCAACUCGCAGCUCAUAACCGCCAAGACCGGAGGCAUAACGAUCCUGGCGCCGGACGACGACGCCUUCUCCAACCUCAAGGCCGGAUUCCUGAACUCAUUGGACGAAAAACAGAAGAUAGAACUGGUGCAGUUCCACAUACUGCCGGAGUUUGUGGCCAGCAACAACUUCGACUCUUUGGCGAAUCCGGUGCAGACAGUGGCGGGAAAAGAUCCGGAGAGGCUGCCGCUGAACGUGAAUGCGUUGGGGAACAGUGUGAACAUAUCAACGGGAGUGGUGAAUGCGUCGGUGGUGGGAGUUGUGUACUCCGAUAACAAACUCGCCAUAUACAAAGUGGAUAAGGUGCUUCUUCCUUUGGAUUUCUUUCAGAAAGCUAAGCCUCCUGCUUUGGCUCCCACCGCUCUCGCAAAGGCACCUAAGGCAGCUAAAGAGAACACCGCCGCCGACGAUCAAGACGGUGACGCCACUCCCGCCGAUCAGAAAAAAUCUGCGGCUGUGAUUAUUGGAAAACCAUUGGUGUCAGUUGCGAUAGCUUCUCUCUUAGCAGUGCCAAUGAUGAUGUGGAGCUGAAGAAGAUGAAGAAGAAGAACAUGAUAUUUCCAUUUGGAAUCUGUUAACUUCUUCCAGUUUCUUUAUUUCUUUUUUUUUUUUUUCGUAUGUCAUCAACCAUGCAUAUGCGAUUUUCUUUUAAUAUAUAACUAAGAUUUUGUUGUUCUGUGUGGUGUUGAUUGGAAAAGUAGUUAAGUUUAGGGUGAGAUCUACGAUGAAAUUGACAUGGGUGUUCGGGUGUGGUUUGAAAUGCAUCAUAUCUGAAU